GUUCCCAAACUCAUUGACAAAAAGAUACAUAGAGAUCAUAUAAAAAUACAUAGAAAUCAUAUAUAGCAAAACUACCGCUACUCAGGGAAUCGCUUUUGCUUUUUUUUCCUCUGGCUACUAAGAUGUUUCAGUUCACCAGGUUCUCUCUUAUCCGCCUAUGGAUUCAGCGGCAGUACAAGGGGUUACCCCAUUCGGGAAUCUCCGGAUCUAUGCCUGUUUUCGACUCCCCGAAGCAACUUGUCAGAAAUUGAUCUUAGAUUUCUGGCAUUAUAUUAUAGUGGACUCCUUCCUGAGCCUUUGAGAACAUUUACCUACGGACAAGCUAUCGGUACCUUUAUUUUAUUUUAUUUAUGUGGCUGACCUGGUUUUCUUCAAGAGUUAUCACUCGCGCAGGAGGAAUUAUGCGAGCCUCUAGAAGGAGGGGAGCUUGUGACAUUGCCAUCUGGAAGAAAAGCCUUGAAGAUGCCAAUGGGUACAUGGCGGCAAUUCGUACAUGUACUCUAUGCCAACAGACACAUGGAGGUGGUUCCGAAGAGGAAAUUGGUGAUUAAGGAGCUAAAGGCAUUUGCAGGGGAAGAGGCAGAUGAUUGGCUGGAGGAUGUGACGAUUGGCUGGCGUUACCACGAGCCGCUAGGUUCAAUGGUAUGCAAAUCGGGCAAGGUCUUUCGGAAAUUCCGGAUAGACGAGUGGCAGAUGAAGUACAGUGCCUCGGAAUGCUGUUGUGGGGAAGGGAGGCAUGCGAUGUUCCUCAAUCCUACAUCUGUAAAACUCCUGCCAGAAAGGGAGAGGCAGCAUGUUAUCACCACAGACACAAACAUCACGGACAAUCUGAGAUUCAUGAAGAUGCUGAGCAACGGGCUCAAUCAUAUUCACCUAAAGGCGUUGGAUCUGGAAGAUGCGAUGGAGGAACUGGAGAAAGCGCUCGGCGAAUAUUCACGACGAAGAGAUGUGACGAGGAACUUUCCCUUUUGGAUGAGAAGCGUACCAUGGGCAGGGUGAUGGGAAAGGUUAAGGGGGAACAAAGUUCAGGGAACAGG